AUGGGCUCGACCUUCAAGAAGCCACCACAGGCGCCGCCGCUCUUCACUCAUACACCAGAGAGUCUAAUCAAGGACACCGAGCGCUUGAUCGCGACCAGUAAAGCUCUGCAGGACAAGAUCGUCAAAGAGGUGUCGGUCGACAAUGCCAACUUCCACAAUGCCGACCUGCCAUUCGCGCAGGACGACAACAAGAUGUCCCUCGAGUCGCAUAUCAUAGGCUUCUACCAGGCGGUGUCGACAGAUGCCAAGGUGCGGGAUGCGUCGACCGAGGCAGAGAAGUUGAUGGACGACUUUGCCAUCGAGGCAUCCAUGAGAGAAGACAUCUUCAAGCUGGUGGAUGCGGCGUACAAGAAGCAGAAGGAUGAUACGAGCUUGGACGCUGAGAGCAGGCGAUUGCUGGAGAAGGAUCGCAAAGGCUACAUUCGCAUGGGUCUGGGCAUUCCCGCUGGUCCUAAGCGUGAUCGAUUCAAGGCUAUCAAGAAGCGUCUCUCAGAGCUCAGCAUCACCUUCCAGAAGGCGUUGAACGAGGAGAAUGGCGGCUUGUGGCUAACUCCAGAGGAGCUCGAGGGUGUGCCCGAGGAUGUUGUUGGUGGACUCAUGAAGGGCAAGGAGGGCACACCCAGCGAGGGAAAGCUGUGGCUCACCUUCAAAUACCCUGACCUCUUCCCAACGCUGAAGUACUGCAAGAACGCAGAGGUACGGCAGAAGGUCUUUGUCGCCAACGAGAACAAAUGUCCUGGCAACGUGGAGCUGUUCAAAGAGGCCAUCAUCUUGCGCGAUGAGGGUGCUCGUCUCCUCGGCUACCCCAACCACGCUACCUUCAGGAUCGAAGACAAGAUGGCCAAGACUCCCAAAACAGUUGACGACUUCCUCGGUGAUCUUCGCAAGAGACUUGCCCCAGGUGGUCUGAAGGAGAUCGAGAAGCUGAAGGAGCUCAAGAAGGCUGAGACUGGCAAAGCCGACAAGUACUUCCUGUGGGACCACCGAUUCUACGAUACCCUCAUGCUGGAGAAGGAGUACCAGCUCGAUCAGCAGAGGAUAUCAGAGUACUUCCCACUACAAUCCUCCAUCAGCGGUAUGCUCAACAUCUUCGAGGAGUUGUUUGGCCUGCAUUUCGUCAAGAUCGAGGGCGAGCAUCGUGAUCAGAUCUCAGAGACUGGCAAAGGCGCAGACAUCGUCUGGCAUCAAGACGUUCAGGUCUUUGCCGUGUGGGAUGAUGAAGGCGAGGGCGGAGGCUUCGUCGGCUAUCUCUACCUCGAUCUUCAUCCCCGCGACGGCAAGUAUGGUCACGCAGCAAACUUUAACCUUCAGCCAGGCUUCAUCCAAGAGAAUGGCACCAGGCGAUACCCAGCCACUGCCUUGGUCUGCAACUUCAGCAAGCCCACUCCAAAGAGGCCUUCCCUCCUCAAGCAUGACGAGGUUGUCACUCUUUUCCAUGAGCUUGGUCACGGCAUUCACGACUUGGUGUCCCGGACCAUCUACAGCCGCUUCCACGGCACGUCGACUGUCCGUGACUUCGUCGAGGCACCAUCUCAGAUGCUCGAAAACUGGUGCUGGACGCCAUCUCAGAUCAAGUCUCUGAGCAAGCACUGGUCGUACCUCACACCAGAGUACACCAAGCAAUACAAGGAUCAAGCGACCAACGGCGCACCGCAGCCACCCGAAUCGAUGCCAGACGAUCUCAUCGAGUCGAUCAUCAGAACGCAACACGUCAACGAUGCCCUCUUCAACCUCAGACAGCUCCACUUCGGCACUUUCGACAUGCUGGUGCACGAGCCUGCGUCGCAUGAAGAUGUUGAGAAGCUGGAUGUAAGCGAGACGUACAACAAGCUGCGCGAGGACAUCUCCAAACUCGACGGGCCCGAGGAACUCGGCGAGGACUACCACUGGGGUCAUGGCCAGGCCACAUUUGGCCAUCUCAUCGGCGGUUACGAUGCUGGCUAUUACGGCUAUCUCAGCUCACAGGUCUACUCUGCGGACAUGUUCUACACCGUCUUCAAGAAGAACCCGAUGGAUGGCAAGGAGGGACGGAGGUACAGACACACCGUGCUAGAGAAGGGCGGAAGUCAAGAUGAGAUGACUACUCUCGAGGAGUUCCUUCAUCGCAAGCCGUCGACUUCGGCCUUCUACAAGGACCUCGGAUUAGAGUAA